AUGUUACGAUACGGUGCUGGGACACGAUAUCCCUCACGACGUUUGCUAUCCCUGCGACAAACAUUAAGAGUGAUACCCCAACGUCGAUCGUGGUCAGAUGAUCCUACGUUUCGUCCACCUCCCAUCUCUUCCCGAAUUCGACCCAUAAUCCCAUUCCUGAUCUAUUGGACAUUCGUCACCUCCCUUGCUCUGAACCUAUUAAAAAUCCGCAAACGCGCAGAGGAAGACAACGACAGGUAUCAAGCUCGAAUAUCAGUAUUACAGGGCGUCAUCAGAGGACUGGAGGAAGGACGAGUGGACGAAGAAGAGAUGAGGCGAGAUUUGGAGAUGGUCGGACUGAGAGAUAGACGUGGUAAAGAAGUCGUGGGAGACCUGGGCAUCGUAAGACCUCUGAGUUGGAGAGAGGCUCUGUUCGGACUCUCUAAGGGGAAGGAUACGUCGGUGCAUGAAGGAGAUGCGGAAACGUCUCUGCAAGAAUGGCUAGAAGCUGUAGGAAGCUCUCCCUCGACCACUUCUCAUCCGUCCCCUCCUCUUUUCGAAGGUCGUGCUGGUCCAGACAACUCGGGUGGGACCCGAAGGGCGCCUUCAUCUCGAGUCUACCUAUGA